UCCAUCAGAGAGACUAACAUAGGACAGAAGUCUUCAGUCAGUUUCUUUGUCUGUCUCCACCAGGAUAAACUCAGCAUGAAUAUCCAGGCGGUUGCCUUCUUUGUCUUCUUAUCAGCUCUGUUUGCUGGAAACAUUCAUCCCGUCACUGCCAGACUCAACAUCUACACCGGAGCUACGGGCGGGAAUGGGACCUUUACUUGUCAUUACCCGGGGCAUUUUAACAGGAUUUUCCUCUGUAAGGACGACUGCAAAGGAGAGAAUAUUCUUGUUGAAACAGAUGCUGAUUUGGCUGCGAAUGGCAGAUACAGUGUCCAAUACAGAAAAGAAAAGGGUGUCAAAUCGGCGAGCACUUUGAUCAUCACCAUCACAGACCUCAAGAAGUCUGACUCAGGGCGCUACAGUAGUGGGUUCGGAUGGGCCAACGACUUGCAAUUUCGCUGUGAUGUUCAGGUCAGAGUCACUGAUGCGCCGUUUCAUGGAAAAUCUAGGUUUGCUUAUACGUAUGUUGAAGGAGAAACCAACACACAUGGAUGCCGCAGAGAUCGCCUCCCUGGAGGGUGGAAGUUCCUAUGCAGGGGCAACUGUGUUAAAGAAGAAGACAUUCUUGUUGAAACCAAUGGCAACGCCGCUCAGAGAGGCAGAUUCAGCCUUGAGUAUAGCACACGUUCCCUAUUUGGACUGGAGAUGACCAUCUCAAACAUGACCAGGUCUGACACUGGAUGGUACAGGUGUGGUUAUGGCAGAGCGCUGACCUCAGAUUCAUACAACACCUUCCCUCUCAUCGUCAUUGCUGAUCCCAGUCCCACUGAGAGUCCCCCACUGACGACUGAACAGACUUCUGAUGACUACUGGUUCAUUUUUCAGGAUACACCACUUACAGAUCCCAGUUCCUCUGAGAGUCCCCCACUGACGACUGAGAAGACUUCUGCUGAUCCCAGUUCCACUGAGAGUCCCCCACUGACGACUGAGAAGACUUCUGCUGAUCCCAGUUCCACUGAGAGUCCCCCACUGACGACUGAGAAGACUUCUGCUGAUCCCAGUUCCACUGAGAGUCCCCCACUGACGACUGAGAAGACUUCUGCUGAUCCCAGUUCCACUGAGAGUCCCCCACUGACGACUGAGAAGACUUCUGCUGAUCCCAGUUCCACUGAGAGUCCCCCACUGACGACUGAGAAGACUUCUGCUGAUCCCAGUUCCACUGAGAGUCCCCCACUGACGACUGAGAAGACUUCUGAUGGCUCCUGGUUCAUUUUUCUGAAUACACCACUUACAGGUCACCUCGUUCCUCUGGUCAUCUGUGUGUGUGUGGCUGGUGUGUUAAUGCUGAUCAUCCUCAUCCUCUACAUCCGCAAGAAAACCAGGAGCAACAGUUUGAUUUGAUUUGAUAUGAUUAGUAUGACCCAUUUUAUACAGACGUAAACUCAGUCUCAUGACAUAAAUAAAGCGGGUAAAAUAAUUAUUGAAAAGUGUCACCAUUUUUUAAGUUUUCUGCUUGU